GAGAGCCACUAUACUGCCUCUUCCACGGCUCAUAUAUUAUCAACGGAUUUCCGGAUGCUGAUGCUGCUGCUUUGGGAGAAGCCCAAAUUCGUGAGGCAGCAGUCGGGCUCAGUUGUCCGGGGACAGGCAGCCUGCUGCUGCAGCUGUGUUUGGGAUUAGGAGUCUGCCUGCAGAAACGUCUGAUGGAAGUGACGGAGCAGGAGCAUCAAAGUCGGACAGAGGAACCUGUACCUGAGGUAGGAGGAGAAGGAGAGGGAGAGUUACCAGGUUCAGGAACCCCUACCCCCAGAGACAUGAUGGAGAGCCCGGUGAAGGAGCCUGUUGUGCUGCAUCUGUACCCCACCACAGAGUAUGGGGAUCCGUAUGGGGACAAGAUGCCGUUCCACCAUGUGACGGCAGGGCUGCUGUACAAGGGGAACUAUCUGAGUCACUCUCUGUCUGAGGACAACGACUGUGACCAGCUGGCUAGCAUCUCAGAGGAGGAGCUAAACGAGAUCCGGGAGGCAUUCAGGGUGUUGGACCGGGAUGGGAAUGGGUUCAUCUCCAAGCAGGAGCUGGGCAUGGCCAUGAGGUCUCUGGGAUACAUGCCCAGUGAGGUGGAGCUGGCCAUCAUCAUGCAGAGACUAGACAUGGAUGGAGACGGGCAGGUAGACUUCGAUGAGUUCAUGACGAUCCUGGGACCCAAGCUCCUGUCUUCUGAAACCAGGGAGGGCUUCCUGGGGAGCACAAUAGACAGUAUAUUCUGGCAGUUUGACAUGCAGCGCAUCACCCUUGAGGAGCUGAAACACAUCCUGUUCCACGCCUUCAGAGACCAUCUGACCAUGAAGGACAUCGAGAACAUCAUCAUCAACGAGGAGGAGAGCCUCAACGAGAACUCGGGACACUGUCAGGCAGACUUUGAAGGAAUCCAUUCUAAAAAUAAGAACCGGCAGACGUGUGUGAGGAAGAGUCUGAUCUGCGCCUUUGCCAUGGCGUUCAUCAUCAGCGUCAUGCUCAUCGCGGCCAAUCAGAUGCUGCGGAACGGCCUGGAGUAGCCACACCCAGCCACGCCCACUGUGAGCGGGAAAAACUAACCUGCAUGUGCAUGAUGAAAGUGGGUGAGGUCAUUUCCUGUUUCUUUAGAAAGAAAAAAAAACGACUUCAAAAAUUCCUCACUGAUGGUGACAAAAAAACAGAAAACACUGAAUGAUAAACCAUCAGAUUUUUCUGAGUGGAUGACAGUCUGACGUCCACCGACACUGAGAAGCCAGCAUGAGGAGUCCAGCGAGACCCCUCAUAACCCCAUUACUCUGGCAGGGACAUUCAAGGGCUGACUUUCGCUUACUCUGCUGUCUCGUCUCUGUUCCCUAAUGCAAUAAAGACACAAGUACAGGAGUUUAGUACUCUUCCUCUCUUCCCUACCCAGAGUCUUCAAAUGAAGGUACCUUGGAAUUCAAUUUGAACUUCUUGCCUCAGAAGGCAGAAUCAUGGUGGAUUGAGACAUGCCCUCAGUGUAUUUGUACAAGGCAGCAUCCUUGUGGAUGCUCAAUUGGAUCUGUGUGAGAGAGAAUGGAGCUGUGCCUCCUGCAGUGCAGAGAGCCUGAUUAGUUACAGGGCACACCGCUGCAGUCUGGCUACGCACAUACACUCUUACGCACGCAUCUACGCAUGUACUUCCACACACACAAACACACACACACACACACACACAAAAAUUGGCCUGUUAUUCUAGUUUCCUGAGGGCGGGUGGAAGCCAGCUCACCGCUGGAGCAUACAGUAAAGCUCUGGAUGCGACAGGCAUGAUGGUGCCGUCUGCUGUAAGGCUGUUGUUUAAGCUCUUCUAGAAGCUUUCAUCCAGAGUUGCGGAGUGAAAUCAGUGGGUAUUCCUGUGCCCAAAUUCCUCACUGUUACUGUAUCUGUGUACAUUCCCAGUGCUAAACAGAACAGUGUUUGAAAGACCAUAGCUGUGAAAAGUCUGGGCUGUACUGUACCUAUGAUCUAAUUCCUCUUGAGGUAGGUAUGCCUGAACUCCUGUAUUGUAUUGACUCUCAUGGUAAUAUAUAAACCACCUACAGUUUUGCUGAAGACUGCUUGUAAUAGCUACAGUACUGCAUGUGAUCAAGUCUACGUCGAUAUGUAAAUAUGUAUGUAACCCAUGUUGUUGUCUACGUGUAUAGGGUGACGGUGUUCUACUCUGUAUGUGCAUGGUUGUUGGUACACUCUACUCCUGCAGAUUUAGAGGUGGAGGGAAGGAGAGAGCACUGUGAAACCAGAGGCUGCUGCCUUCCAAAUCACAAUACACAGGCAGGCAGGCAGGCAGACAGACAGACACAAAGCUCUCUAUGUUCCCCUCACCCUCUGGCCAAAGCCAUAGAACUCAAUAGAGAUGUACUGACUGAAGAACACUAAAUGGUUGUUGUAGUUUUCCGUUACAAAUGUGUAUUUUCAGUAUGAACAGUCCAUCCUUUGUGCAUGUUGUUGGGUUCCUUCACCCACCCUUUUGCGCUGUACAAUCAUUUCCACCUAUCCCCAUGAGCAGAACGAAGAGUAGAAUCACAGACUGGUGUAAGAGCCCCAUCUAGAGGUUGGCUCAAAAAUUCUGAUAUUUUUUGUAACACAGUGUGCUCCCCUAGCUCUGGUCCAAAUGCAGCCUGCAAACAUUGGUAAAAACAGUGUGCAGGUGAGGUUGGAAGGCUAAAAGGGCUUAUAUGAAAACCACACCACAAAUAUAAGUACAAAAAUACAAGUUUGUUCAAUCAGCUAAACAAAGCAUAUUAAUUAUGAUUGUACAUGAUCAACUCAGUAUACAAGAAAAACCGUGUGUGUGUGUGUGUGUGUGUGUGUGUGUGUGUGUGUGUGUGUGUGUGUGUGUGUGUGUGUGUGUGUGUGUGUGUGUGUGUGUGUGUGAGAGAAAGAGAGUGAGGCUACUUAGAGGGGAUUAUUGGAUAGUUUGGUUUAUCAGGCUGACCCCCAGUCUUCGCUUGAAGUUGAUGAGGUUUUGGCAAUGUGAAGAUAAGAAUUCCAGAGUAUAGUACCUCUGUAUCUGAUAGAGAAUUUACUAUGUGGGGAGGGUGGAUUAUUAUUAUUGUAGUGGCUUGUGUUAAAUAGAUGGCUUUCAGAAUUACCUGGAAGAAUCCAUUGAAGGGUUUAGGUAAACUUUCUGGGAGGUAUGAGUAUUUGAAGAUGAAAGUGCAUAAUUGGCAUACAUUAAUGUCGUAAAUAGACAAGAUAUUGAGUUUCUUAAACAGAGGUGCAGAUGGAGUCAGAUAAUUAGAGGAUGUGGCUAGUCUUGCAAAAUGUAUUUGUAUGAUGAGUCAUUUGUGUAGGUAGGAGGCAUCAGGUGAAUUCGGAAAGUAUUCAGACCCUUUGACUUUUAAAACAUUUUGUUACGUUACAGACUUAUUCUAAAAUUGAUUAAAUUGUUUUGUUUUUUCCUCAUCAAUAUACACACAACCCCAUAAUGACAAAGCAAAAACAUGUAUUUUUGUUUUUUGCAAAUGUAUUAAAAACAUUUACAUAAGUAUUCAGACCCUUCACUUAGUACUUUGUUGAAGCACCUUUAGCAGCGAUUACAGCCUCGAGUAGUCUUGGGUUUGACGCUAAAAGCUUGGCACACCUGUAUUUGGAGAGUUUCUCCCAUUCUUCUCUGCAGACACUCUCUGUCAGGUUGGAUGGGGAGCGUCACUGCACAGCUAUUUUCAGGUCUCUCCAGAGAUGUUCGAUCAGGUUCAAGUCUGGGCUCUGGCUGGGCCACUCAAGGACAUUCAAUGACUCGUCCCCAAGCCACUCCUGCGUUGUCUUGGCUGUGUUCUUGGGGUCAUUGUCCUGUUGGAAGGUGAACCUUCACCCCAGUCUGAGGUCCUGAGCACACUGGAGCAGGUUUUCUUCAAGGAUCUCUCUGCGCAUUGCUCGAUUCAUCUUUCCCUUGAUCCUGACUAGUCUCCCAGUCCCUGCCGCUGAAAAACAUCCCCACAGCAUGAUGCUGCCACCACCAUGCUUCACUGUAGGGAUGGUACCAGGUUACCCCCAGACGUGACACUUGGCAUUCAGGCCAAAUAGUUAAAUUUUGAUUACAUCAGACCAGAGAAAUCUUGUUUCUCAUUGUCUGAGAGUCCUUUAGGUGCCUUUUGGCAAACUCUAAACUGGAACAUUGGAGCUCUGACAGAGAGACCAUCAGGUUCUUGGUCACCUUCCUGACCAAAGCCCUUCUCCCCUGAUUGCUCCUUUUGGCCGAGCGGCCAGCUCUAGGAAGAGUCUAGGUGGUUCCAAACUUCUUCCAUUUAAGAAUGAUGGAGGCCACUGUGUUCUUGGGACCAUUAAUGCUACAGAAAUGUUGUGACACUGUUACAGGAAUUAAAUUCCUCUGUUUUAAUAACCAAUUAAAAUGAAUCACUCUGUCAAUUCAUAAGAGGUUGUAAGACCCUUAUUAGUAUAAAAUGGAUAGAGACCAGCCUUUGAAAUCAACCAGCUGCGUUUAUUCUCGUAAGUACUGCCCAUUACACAUUUUACCACAGGUUAUAAACUGAAAAUGAAGUCAUUAGUUUCAGUACUAGCCCAUGUCAUCUCCGCUGUAGUACAAUGGCUGUAUGGUUCUCACAUGUCUCUCCCUAUUUAAGAUAAUAUAUGACCGCGCCAAGGUCAUGCUUGUGUAGAUAAGCCUUCUAGCCAGACUGGCUAUAAGUUCAUUCUUUUCCACCAUGGCACAGACAGUCAUUGUUCUAAUUCUUGAUUAUAUUUACACACAUUAUAUUCAGUACUAGGAUUAAAAAGAAAAUGCAUACAUAUACAGUAACAUAAUAGUAUUCUGAUUAGUACAUAUACAGUAGCAUAAUAGUAUUCUGAUUAGUACAUAUACAGUAACAUAAUAGUAUAGUAUGUAGUAUGUAUAAUAGAAAUGUAUACAUAAUUAGUCAUCAUUGAUAAAAAUUCCCUUAACAGACACCCUUCCCCAGAUCUGUGCUUCGACACAAUCCUGUCUUGGCGCUCAACAGAUAAUUGCUUUUAGCUCAUUGCUUGGUUUUUGCUCUGACAUGCACUGUUAACUGUGGGACCUUGUGUUCCAAAUCAUGUCCAAUCAAUUGAAUUUACCACAGGUGGAAUCCAAUCAAGUUGUAGAAACAUCUCAAGGAUGAUCAAUGGAAACCGGAUGCACCUGAGCUCAGUUUCGAGUCUCAUAGCAAAGGGUCUGAAUACUUAUGUAAGUAAGGUAUUUCUGUUUUUUGUUUUUUUUUUUGUACAAAAAAAAUUCAACAUGUUGUCGCUUUGUCAUUAUGGGGUAUUGUGUGCAGACUGAUGAGGAAAAGGCUGUAAUGUACCAAAAUGUGGAAAAAGUCAAGGGGUCUGAAAACUUUCCAAAUGCACUGUAUGUACUGGCCCAGACAACGGGAUAUGGUUGAAUUAAGCUAUACUGUACAUGAAAGGUAUGUGGAAAUGUCAGGUGAAUAAUCGAUGCCUUGUAUUGAGAUGUAUGAUCAUCAAAACAUGAAAUGUUGAAAAAUAAUAUUAUGAUUCUUCCCUAUUCUAUCUGUAUAGAAGGUUUUAUGAAAUGAUGAAUGUUCUACCUAAAUGAUUGUUGGUUUGAUUAACUGCACUGUUUGUGGGACAUAGAUAGGAGUCUUUUAUUGGAAUUCUGUAUGUCUUGCCCAUGGCAGAAAAUCUCCUUUCUUUUCACCUUGAAGAGGUUUGCAUUAAAGUAUGAUCAAUGAACGUCCCCAUUAAUUUUAUCAUCAUGUUUGGACGGAUGGCUCCUCUGUGAAGUUUCCAAGUUUGUUUUAUGAUGUCAAAGUAAAAGCACUGAUUUGUGUGCAAUAUCAUCUUGCAAAUACAGUAGGCUACACUGGAUUUAAUAUUGUUGAGACCACCAAUUUAAGCUUACUGGGUGCAAAUUCUCACCUCAUUCAUUAUAUAAUGUAUUCUGUCAAACUGGAGUUUGUUCCUUAUUUAGCUGUUUUGAGCUGUCACCCUUGUCUGCUUCAUUAAUGGCACCCUAAUACACAUGUUGUGCACUAAUAUUGACCAGGGUCCAUGGGGCUCUAGUCAAAGUAGUGCACUAUAGAGGGAAUAGUGUGUCAUUUGGGACACUACCCUGCCCUAACCCCACAAUACACUGUAAUACCAGGGUAUAGUCUGAACCUUGUGUUGAUGAAUAAAUAAAUACAUGUUAGCCCACAUAAAAGGCUCCGGCCUGGGUAUCCUAUACUGUUACAGGGGAUGGAGCUGUACCUGCCAUCACAGAAUCAGUGCAUGUCUUGAUCAUUAAAACUGAUGGUGAAUGAGACUGGAAAACUAACAGUCUCACUUCAGUAGCAUGGUGUUUGAAUUGCACAUGUAUGUGCUGUAUGGACACUACAUAAAAUACAUAGAUAUACACAGUGCUUAAUUUGAGCCGGAUCCUGCCGGAACACCUCUCCAUUUUGGACUGUUUUUUUUCCGGAAACUAUUUGGCCGGAUCUGGUACCUAUUGUGGCAUGAACAUGUACAAGAAGUACAAUGUAAAAAUUAUAAUGAAAGUUCAUUCGAGUUGCUUCUUCGUUAAUUCUCCUACCCUCACAAAAAAACCUAAUGUGAAAAAGUAGAUUUUCACGCCUUGCCUAAUAUUCUAAGUGUUGAUUUGGGUUGAGCCAGGCCGGGUUUAUGGUUUGAGCAACAUUGUAACCUUUGUUUGAGCCCAACGCCAGGCGGUGGCUGUGUGAGAAGAGCGCCAUCAUCUCUCACAUAACUGGAAUGAGAUUCACUUUGUAUGAUCUCUCUCCCUCUCAGUUCUGAUAGACAUGAGCCUGGAACUCUCAUCUCUCCGUUGCACAUCAUCGUGUAUUUCCUUAUGGAAUCAUAGCCGCCCGAAGGAACUGCAGCAGCCUAUAGUCGGGAACGCGCGCCAAUAUGUCAGUGAAAAAACAGUACGCAGACCAAACAGGCCUUUCGUAAUAUGUCAAAUACAAUCUAGGUAAAACACAGAUUGGAGAGCAAAUGCCUCCUGCAGAAAAUAUAAGACUCUAUGCUGUAGGUUACAAACACAUUUUAUAAAUGUCCAAAUAAUGUUCUACAAAAGAGAGCGAAAGGGAGAGAGGCUUUUGGCACGCGCUGCGCAUCAUUGGGUGAGUCAGUGAAACUGGAAAUCAUAUUUAGGACUAUAAUUUCUACCUCAUACUGUAGCCUACAAUAUGUAUCUACACACCUAGGCCUGGGCUAUUGAUGGAUUCAAGACAAUGUCGUUGUUAUUGAUCUCAGUUUGUCAGUGUCAGUAGCCUGCCAUUUCGAUCAUUUGUGCGGUAUUAAAAAAUAUUCUGCCAAAGUCUCCAGUCAUGGACCCUAAAAAUACUCCCCAUGUGUGCAACUUCUGUAAGUGCCUCUACUCCACUGCUCUAUGCUACUACGCAAAUGCGAUGAAAUGCAUGCAAUGCUUUAUUAUAAAGGUGAUUUCUUUACUCAUGCGUUCCGGUACCUCAGAACUCCCCAGGUCACCCCCUCUCCCGCUCACUUUUUGUUCCGGCACCUCCCGAUUUACAAAUUAAGCACUGGAAUAAAGUACAUACAUAUACACAUGUAAACUGUGCAUGCACACCAUUAAAACAUGUAGGGGCAGUUUCCCGGACACACAUUAAGCCUUGUGCUGGACUAAAUAGCAAGAUCAAUGGAAAAUCUCCAUUGAAAGUGCUUUUUAGUCCAGAUUUAAGUUGUAUUAUUAAUAAUAGCCUGAAUAUUGUAUCUGUAAAUACUGAAAUCGGUACAAAAGUAAAUGGAAAGCAUUUAUGCAAUAAAACAUCUCUCUUUUUUUGUAAA